AUCAAUUCAGAAAUAACAUUUUAGCUUCAUCUUUUUCAUUUUCUUAGGGUUUUACUUCAAAAAUUUCUUCUUGCAAUUCUUGACCAUCACAUCACCAUGAGAGCAAAAUUAGUUGUCUUUCCAAUUCGAGGUAGAAACUGGUGCUUUACGCGAGCCAUCGAUCACUCCGUUUGUGCCACUCCGGUUUUUUCUCAAUCCCCUUCAACCCUCAAGGACUUGUGGAAGAAUGUUGCUACCAAACCCGUUAAUAUCAAAGCUGAGCUAUGUGUGGAUUUCAUUGCUAACAAGAUGAAUAAAGCUUGGACGAGCUUAGAGAAAUCGAAAGAGGGGUCUUUAAAGAAAAAGAUUCAUGGGUUGGGGUUGUGGCUCUUGUCGCAGGUUCCGCCUUCGGAAAUAUUUUUGAAGUCGAUAUCGAAAGAGAUCACUGGUGUUGAAGUCAUAUACCCAUCGAGUUUGAAGGCUCAACUUGUUCAUCGGAGACUAAGACAUAUUGCUUUGAGGGGAUCAAUUAUCCACCGGAAAUACUUCUACUGUUCUGUUUCACUAAUUCCAUUGACUUCUGCACUUAGCAUUUUACCCUUGCCUAACGUGCCAUUCUUCUGGGUUUUAUUUCGUACUUAUUCUCAUUGGAGAGCCAUGCAGGGAAGUGAGAAGCUGAUUGAACUUAGCAGCAAGACUUCACAAACACGUACAGAUAGAAAGGAAACUGAGCAUAAGGACUCUACCAGUCAAAGCCAUCAUAAGUCACAUGAACAAAGUUGGGUAUUGAGGCCAUCCAGAGAACUAGACCAAUUGAUUCAUGUAGGAGAAGACGAAGGGCUCAGUAGACAUACUAUCAUGAAAAUAUGCAAGAUCUAUAGUUUAAACACGACAGAUGUUAUAAAAUACGAGAAAGACAAAUCAUAUAUGUAAUUGCAUUUUAAUUUGUACUCAAUGCACGUGUUUCCAAUUCUAAUUUUUUGUUGUGAAAAGAGAAGUUGCACAUUGGGGGACUUACCUCCUUAGUAUAAAAGGAACACAAUGUUUUCUUAGGAAGUCACCUCAAUAUCUUUGCUAUUGCUGCAGUACUUAGGGGACAUCUUUUUUCUUCUUUUAUGUUGUCCAUGUAGUUUCUUUUUCUAUUUUGAAGAGAGGGUUUUGUUUUGGAGUUAGAAAGAAGAGUAUGUAAUUUUCUUUCUUUUCAAUAAAAUCACAUCAUUUUUGUUUCUUUU